AUGCCGGCGGCGGUUCCGGUACGCACUCCGCCGUACCUUGUGGAUGUGGCCGCGAACCUGACCGAUUGUGUUUUUCGCGGGGUGGACUGGAAGGGAAACCGCCUUCACGACGAUGACUUUGAUCAUGUUUUGGCCCGCGCGCAGGAGCGCAAUGUGCAGCAGAUCAUAAUCACCGGCACCAGCCUCGCCCAGAGCGUCAAGGCCAUCGCGCUCUGUCGGCGAUACCCCGAUCGGCGGCUGCUGUGCACUGUUGGGGUGCACCCGGCGCACUGUGGCGAGUUUCUCCGGCCUCUGGACCGCGACGAGGUUCAACGGGUCGCCGAAAGUGCCGUGUCGAUGGUAAUGCCACAUCACGAGAGGCCAGCCGCCGCGAUAGCGGCGAAGCAGGAGGAGGCGUGGGCACAGGAACGCCUAGAUUACUUGGUGGACCUCGCGACUAGGAAUCGAGACGUGGUUGUGGCGAUGGGCGAGAUCGGCAUCGACUACGCCGAGGCCGCCUGCUGCCCCCGUGAGGUACAAGAGAAGUACUUUGCACGCCAGCUCGCUGCUUUUGCCCCGCUGCAGCUGCCCUUCCUCUUCCACUCACGCGAGUGCGGCAUGACGUUUGUGUCCCACCUACAAGACACAUGGGCACGCAUCGUCUCUGAUGUAGCUUCGACGGAGCCAGUGACUGAUCAUGCAAGCGCCUCCUCACCGUCGCCCGAUGCGCAGUUGCGGGGCGUCGUGCACAGCUUUAAUGGUACACUGGAAGAGCAGGAGGCACUGUUGUCGAUGGGGCUGUACUUGAGCGUGAACUGCAGCGCUUUCCGAGAGGCCUCCCUGGCCGCGCAGGUUACUCUGAUUCCGCUGGAUCGUCUGAUGCUCGAGACGGACGCCCCGUGGUGCGACGUGCGGUCGACGGACUACGGCGCGCAGUUUGUGCGCACCGUCUUCAAGACGAUCAAGCGCAAGAAACCGUUCGAGAUGGGGGCCUGUCUGGAGCGGCGCAACGAGCCUUGCCAUCUCGUCCAGGUCAUGGAGGAGUAUCUCGGCUGCGCGAAGGCGUCCGUCACUUCACCUGAGGAUCCGUUGUCAAGGAUGGAUGAGGCGACUCUGGUCGCUGCCGUGUAUGAGAACUGCCAGCGUCUUUUCCACCUGUGA